AUGGAACGUGAAUGCACAAGCACUGAAUCGCGUCAAGGUUUUGUAAAAGUUGCGGCUAUGAGUUUCGACACACCAUUUACCUCCAACAAAUGCACUUUUGGUGGUUCUACGCCUAUCGACGCGACAUGCAUGUGUUUUGACAGAUCAUCUCGAUGUGAGAAAUUUUCGCCCAGCAGUCGUCGAAAGUGUGAAUUUGAUAUCAGACGACCGAGAUGCGCGUGGUUUCGCGUGAAAUUAAUUCCAUUGGUGAUUCGUGAUCGCAUUAUUACGGGCGUCGAGCGCGACGCGCGAUUGACGCUUCGCUGGCGAGCCCGUGGCGUUCGCAUAGAAAUUAUUUAA